UUCGGAUUUACCGAGUCUGGACCCGAUAAAUCCCGGUUUUCGAGUGCGAUGGAGACAAUGAGAGCUGUGGUUGGAACAGGUUGGAAGCUAAACUACAGAAAACUUCUGCUUGUAGAUAUUUUUGCGAAAUUAAUACAGUAAUGACAGAAGUAAAUGACAACAUAUCGUGGCAAAUGUGAAUACGUUGUUUUUAUUUUGAAUGCGUGGUGAAGAAAUAUGAACAUGAAUAUGAAAAUACCAGAGGAGAACAUUCACGAAGUAUUUGAUAAACUGGUUGAAGGCGAGGAAAUUGUAAAGAAACAAUUAAAUGAUAUACUUUUGCGUCAUUCUCGUAUUGAUUCAAAAUUACAAAUAUUAAGUAAACUUCUUCCCAAUGCUGUUGAAAUACACAAUAGGACAGAUAAAUUUCAAAACAUGGUGACUCAUACUAGGGAGUUGGCUGAAAAUGUGACAGAAAGAGUGCAACAACUUAAUUUGGCAAGGAACAGAGUCUGUGAAUAUCAAAAUCGCGUGCACAACAUUCCUGAUCUUCAAUCUUGUAGUCAAGCUGUCAUCAUGGCAUUACGUAAUGAAGAUUAUGAACAAGCAGCUGCUCAUGUGCAUCGCUACUUGUUAAUGGAUAAAAAAUUAUUGGAACAAAAUUCUGAAGACAAUGCAGGUGAUACUACCAGUGUGACAAGUUCUCUUGCUACCCUACAGCGAGCUAUUUUGGAGUUGAAGACAAUCGUUACUAAAAAAUUUGAUGAAGCCGUUAAAUUAGAAAAUUUAACUGCUAUUGAAAGAUUCUUCAAAAUAUUUCCUUUAUUAGGGAUGCAUAUUGAUGGUUUGAACAAAUUUUGUCAGUAUUUAUGCACAAAACUUCAAGAAACUGCACAAAAGAAUUUAAAGAUUGCUUUAGAUGUGAAAAAUACGGAUCCCAGGGCAUCGAUCAUAUAUGCCGACACAAUGACUUUACUAUUUGAAGGAAUUGCACGAAUUAUUGAAGUCCAUCAACCAAUUAUAGAAACUUAUUAUGGCCCUGGAAGAUUACUAAUGACUGUUACUAUGUUACAGAAAGAAUGUGAUAGGCAAAUCAAGAAAAUCGUUACGGAGUUUAUGAAACAUAGGAAUAUGUCAAAAAGGAUGCAAUCAAUCAAUGAUUACUUACGAAGGCAAACUCCUGAUAAAAUUGAUCCAAAAGAUCUUGAUUUACUUCUUGGAGAAUUAACAGUAAUGCAUUCACGAGCUGAACUGUACAUACGUUUUAUUAGGAGAAGAGUAAUCAAUGACCUUGAUAUAAGUACAACUAGUAACAUCCAACGGAAAGAUUUAUUAAAUGAAUUUGAAAUGAUAAUUAAUAAUUCUGAGUUGGCACACAGUAUGCAGGAAUUAUUGGGGGCUUACCUUGCACUUGAAAGAUACUUUUUGGAAGAAAGCGUCAAUAAAGCUAUUGGAAUGGAUGUCCUGGAUCAAGAUCAGCAAACAUCCAGUAUGGUAGAUGAUGUCUUUUUUAUAGUUCAGAAAUGCAUAAGACGAGCUAUAUCCACUUGGAGUAUAGAUGGAGUUUGUGCGGUAGUUAACAUGACAUGCGGGAUUUUAGAAGGAGAAUUUGCAAGUAGAUUGAAGGGCCGUCUUCGCCAAGGAUACCCAGCUGGAUAUUUGGACCUGGCACAGGCUUACAAUGCCCUACAGACUACAAUUCAACAGGGUCGUUUGCAAACAUCAGACACAGAAUUGGCACGGCUCAUGUUUCUGGCAUAUUUAAACAAUACAGAUGUAAGUAUAGAAUACGUUGAAACGUUGAGCAAGAGUCUGAGUGUUGAAAUAGAUUCCACCUUUCCCGAUAUGCCAGACAAAGAUAGAGGGAAAAUAGACAGUUGUUUAGCUGGUCUUAAGGGAGUUAUAUCAGCAUUACAUGCUGUAAUAGAUUUUGGUCUAGAGCAGUUACGUGUGAGUGCUAUUAAACCAAGAAUAACCCCAUGGAUAGAUGCAUUUCUAUCUGCAGAUCAUCAUAUAAAUGAGGAUGAGUUGUUACGAUAUGAAACGGAUGAACCUUUUGUACAAACUUUACUUACAAACUUGGAAGGUUUAUUACAGACGUUUAAAGGUGGUUUAACGAGUUCCAAUUAUGAUGCUCUUAUUGGAAUUCUCACUACCGAGGUGACGGCUCGUUUAGAGAAAGUUGUUUUCAAGUCAAGUUUCAAUAGAGCUGGUGGGCUUAUCUUAGACAAGGAAAUUCGAUCUUUAGCCAGCUAUUUAGCAACAGCUACGUCCUGGUCAAUUCGUGACAAAUUUUCCAGGCUGAUGCAAAUAGCAACUGUAUUAAGCAUUGAGAGAGUCGAAGAACUGACAGAUUAUUGUGGGGCAGAUGCAAUAGCAUGGAAACUAACACCUUCAGAAGUACGACGUAUAGCUACUUUAAGAACGGAUCUCAGACCUGAAGAUAUUAAGCGACUCAAAUUGUAAUUUAUGGGGAGUUUUAAAUUAAAUGAAAAUUAUUUAUAAAUUUUAA